CGCCCCCGCGCGCGUGACGCGGGCCCGUUUUCCCGCCCCGCCGCUCCCCUCUUCCCGCGUGUGCGGUGCCCGCUCCCGGUUUCCGUUCCCGCUCCGCCGCUCUGCGGGCGCGGGGCGCGGCGCGGAGCCAUGUCGGCGGCGCCGCGGGGCUGCGGCGGGGCCCCGCGGGGCCGGGCCGGCGACAAGCAGUGCUCAUGGGCUUCCUACAUGACCAACUCCCCGACGCUGAUCGUGAUGAUCGGGCUGCCUGCGAGGGGCAAGACCUACAUGUCCAAAAAGCUCACCCGCUACCUCAACUGGAUCGGGGUGCCCACCAAAGUGUUCAAUUUAGGGGUGUACCGGCGCGAGGCAGUGAAGUCCUACAAGUCCUACGACUUCUUCAGGCACGACAACAAGGAGGCCAUGGAAAUCCGCAAACGCUGUGCCCUGGUGGCUCUGGAGGAUGUGAAGUGUUAUCUCCUGGAGGAGUGCGGGCAAAUAGCUGUGUUUGAUGCGACCAACACGACUCGGGAGCGCCGGGACCUGAUCUUAAAUUUUGCCAAGGAAAAUGCUUUCAAGGUGUUUUUCGUGGAGUCUGUCUGUGAUGAUCCAGAGGUCAUCGCUGCCAAUAUCCUGGAGGUGAAAGUUUCCAGCCCUGACUACCCGGAGAGGCACAGGGAGAAUGUGAUGGACGAUUUCCUGAAGAGGAUCGAGUGCUACAAGGUCACCUACCAGCCUCUGGACCCUGAUGUUUAUGACAAAGAUCUUUCCUUCAUUAAAGUGAUCAACGUGGGCCAGCGGUUCCUGGUCAACCGAGUGCAGGACUACAUCCAGAGUAAAAUUGUCUAUUACCUGAUGAACAUCCACGUGCAGCCACGCACCAUCUACCUGUGCCGGCACGGGGAGAGCGAGUACAACCUGGUGGGCAGGAUUGGAGGGGACUCUGGCCUCUCAGCCAGGGGGAAGCAGUUUUCCCAGGCACUGAAGAAGUUCAUUGAGGAGCAGGAGAUCGUGGACCUGAAGGUGUGGACGAGCCAGCUGAAGAGGACAAUCCAGACAGCAGAGUCCCUGGGGGUGCUCUACGAGCAGUGGAAGAUCCUCAACGAGAUCGAUGCUGGGGUCUGUGAAGAAAUGACCUAUGCAGAAAUUGAAGCCAAGUAUCCAGAAGAGUUUGCCAUGAGGGAUCAGGAGAAAUAUCUUUAUCGUUAUCCUGGAGGGGAGUCCUACCAGGACUUGGUGCAGCGCCUGGAGCCAGUAAUUAUGGAGCUGGAAAGGCAAGGCAACGUCCUGGUGAUCUCCCACCAGGCUGUUAUGAGGUGUCUCGUGGCUUAUUUUCUUGACAAGAGUGCAGAUGAGCUGCCCUACCUGCGCUGCCCCCUCCACACCAUCCUCAAGCUCACACCUGUUGCCUAUGGCUGCAAGGUGGAGACAAUUACCCUGGAUGUGGAAGCAGUGAACACCCACCGGGACAAACCCUCCCUCAUCUCAGUGAUUCCCUCUGUGUGGGAUCAGCACGACCUCCCCAGCAGGCAGAGCCCUGUGAGGAUGAGGAGGAACAGCUUUACCCCGCGGGCCAGCGCCGACACCGUAAAGCGCCCGCGGCACCACAGCCUGGGCAGCAAACCCCUCCAUCUGCUGGGGCCUCUCCCAUCCCUGGAAGCUCGAGGGCCUUUCCCACCCCUGGAAGCUCGAGAAGGGGCUGAGCAGCCACAGCUGGAAGUCACUGUCCAGCCUCCAGAGGGAAAUGCUUGCCUCUGAGUACCACUGCAAGCAGCUUGGGUGUGCUCUCUUUGGGAGAAUGGCUGCUUGAGCAGUGUAGGGGUUCCUGCUUUCCCCUUGGAUCCAUCCAGCUGGGAAUUCCAGGACUGGAGCACCCCUGGGCACCGUGAGCCACCCUGGCCAGUACUUGCCUUGAACUGUGAUUUUAGAGCCUGUCUGUGUCUUUUCUUUCCAAAUGCUGCAAUGUCUGUCCACGGGGCUGGAGAAGAUUUCCUGUGGAGAUUUUUCCAAGCUGCUUUGAACGCUCGUAAGCCAACGCGUCGCCGGCUGUUGAAAUAGUGUCCCACGUCUUUCCUCCUGGCCAGGAGCCAAAAUUAACCACAGUGGGAGGACAAAAUAGUCAUGGUUUUACUCACUGAGGCAGCUUUUCUUCGGAAAAGGCAUUUCCAGGCCAAAUCCCCGAGGUUUUAUUUCUCCAUUUCCAAGUUAUGUCCAAGUUAUUUCCAAGUUCAGACUCAAUUUUUUUCUGGUUUUCAGCCACCCAGGGAGCUCCAGGUAGGGUUUGACUUCCCCUCCUUGAGUGCUGGUGUGAAUCCCCCAAUCUGAGCCAGUUCCUUUUUGCCUGGGUGCUUGUUCCAGGCUUCUGCUUGGAUGUGACACCCAGAUCAGCACAUCCAUCCCACGGGCUGCCUCCUGUGAGGGGCAGAUGGGAAUGAACCCUCCUGCCCCUCUCUGGAAGCAGCACAGCUCCCAGUGCUUUAAAUCCCACCUCAAGCCCUAUUUUAGCUUCUCCUCCCUACCUAAAUUCCAUCCUCUCACUCAUUUUUCCUGCAUUUUGGGGGUGUUUUAUCCAUUUACCCCAGAAAAUGGGAGCGUGGCUGGGACCAGCAGGGCUCCUGGGCAUGGUUUGCAGGAAGCACAAGGUUUUUAAAAGGUUUCUUUAUUUUACACCAAAUUUUAGGCCCACAACGAGCUUUUAACUUGCCUAUGAAUAAGCUGUGAAUGUUCCCAAUGCUGCCUUUCAUAGUUUUAAGCUGUUGUAGAGUUUGGAGCACAGGUUGGUGCAGCUCUGUGUCUUAACUGAAAUCCUUCCCUUAAAUCCCCACCAAACCCCAAAUUUUCAGUUCUCUCCCACAAUUCUUGACUUGCAUUUUGCCAAACUCCAUUUUACCCCACUCCAGCUGUUCUUGCAAUAAGGGCAGCACCCUCAGGUUGGGUGAAGAAAGGAACAUUUGGGUACAGAGCAGGAGGCUGCUCUGGACCUGCUGUUCCAGGUGACUCCAGGAUUUCUCUGAGCAGUUCUGGGCCCCAGAAGUUGCUUAUUUUAAAUGUGUAAAUAAAUGUUGGAUAUACCCACAGCAGGGAAACUGUGCCCUGGCUGUGGAGGAGCUCAGCAACUCCAGAGUUUGAGGCUUAACCUGGCCAUUUUGAGCUCUAACUUGGUUGUUUUAAACACUCCCAGAGCUGUAAUUUGAUGAAACUGAGAUAGAGAGGACCAAGGCACAAAUCUGGACCCCUCAGGAUUUCUGAGGAGCAGAAAAAUGUGUUGAUCUAAAGCGAUUGUGCCACAGAGGGGUGAAAUUUGGUGGUGAGAAAUUGAGUUUUUAUUAGUUUUUCUCCUCAGGGUUUUCCUCCCCAGGUCUGGUUUUGGGUUUUAAAUGUUUUUGUGCUUAAAAAUAAACCAGAAAAAAAGAAAUGUUGAAGGAAGAGAUUCAGAGGCUGUCCAUGGCAGUCCUCAGUGCCACACUCCAAAGUGCUCUGAACGCACAAACCCGUCCUUGUCAGGCUGGCUGCCCUGACCAAACCCCUCCUGCUCUGUGGAAAAAGGAGUGGAAGAUGCACUGUAGGAUGUUUACGCACAAAAAUGCUGGGAUAACUUGCUGAAGAGUUCAUGAAGUUCAUGUCACUGAGCAGUAAAUGAUUGUAAGGAGACAAAAAUCUAUAUUUUUACCUGCUGGGAUUUGUGAAUGUUGCUGUUGAUGUGUUGUUGGGGGUUGUGAGGGUUUUUUUUUUUUAAUCACUGCUGAAAAUCAGGUGUUCUGCAGUUUGGGUCAGUGGCUGGGGGUCCCUUUUGGGGCUGUGGGAUGGAAUUUCAUCCUUCUCUGCAGCGUUUGUGCCUCAGUGCUUUAAUUAAAGCUUUUUCCUCCUGCA